AUGGCCGACAUACCAACCGACAUCGACCUCGACUCGAUCAUUGAGCGUCUGCUCGAAGUUCGAGGAAGCCGUCCUGGCAAGCAAGUACAGCUCGCCGAGCACGAAAUCAGAUUUCUUUGCACAAAAUCGAGGGAUAUCUUUCUGUCCCAGCCGAUUCUACUAGAGCUGGAAGCUCCCAUCAAAAUCUGUGGCGACAUUCACGGACAAUACUACGAUCUUUUGAGACUCUUUGAAUACGGCGGAUUCCCUCCGGAAGCAAACUAUCUCUUCUUGGGCGACUACGUCGAUCGUGGAAAGCAAUCGCUCGAGACCAUCUGCCUUCUGCUUGCAUACAAAAUCAAAUAUCCCGAAAACUUUUUCAUCCUCCGAGGAAAUCACGAAUGCGCUAGCAUCAAUCGUAUCUAUGGCUUCUACGAUGAGUGCAAGCGAAGAUACAACAUCAAGCUGUGGAAGACCUUCACGGACUGUUUCAACUGCCUCCCGAUUGCCGCCAUCAUCGAUGAGAAGAUUUUGACCAUGCACGGCGGUCUCUCACCCGAUCUCCAAAGCAUGGAGCAAAUUCGACGUGUGAUGAGGCCUACGGAUGUCCCUGAUACUGGUCUGCUAUGUGAUCUCCUUUGGUCGGACCCCGACAAAGAAAUCACCGGAUGGAGUGAAAACGACCGAGGUGUCUCCUUCACAUUCGGAACCGAUGUUGUAACUCGAUUCCUGCAGAAGCACGAUCUGGAUCUGAUCUGCCGAGCGCACCAGGUCGUCGAGGACGGAUACGAGUUCUUUGCCAAGCGACAGCUUGUCACGCUGUUCUCGGCCCCCAAUUACUGUGGCGAAUUCGACAACGCCGGUGCCAUGAUGAGUGUAGACGAGACGUUGAUGUGCUCAUUCCAGAUUUUGAAGCCUGCUGAAAAGAAGAUCAAGUACAACUACGGUGGCGCCGGUGCCAUGGCUGGCGGCGGACGACCUGUUACUCCACCUCGCAAACCCCAAAAGAAGAAAAAGGAUCUGAUGUAA